GAGAUGGGUGAUGAGGAGGCAAACCCUAGAUCUAUUCUCAACUGAUAUCUUCUUCACCUCUCUCAACAAAUCGAGUAAUUUCUAUCUCAAUCAUCACUCUCGUCUCAUCUUUCCAUCUCUUUCAAAUCAUUUAAAAGCUUCUUUUAGAAUCAUUCAUCAUCUUCAGUUCUAUAUGGAGAAAAAGGAAGAUGAGAAAGCAAAUAAGAUAACUUUUAGGAGCGUCCCAGAAUUUAGAGGGCUAUUUAUUGACCAGUGUUUGGCACAAGCUACUGAGUAUGGAUUUUCUGGAACUUCUUUGAAGCAAACUUCGUGGGGAAAUUUGUGCAAGUUCUUUUCUGAGAAGUAUGACUGCACCAUCACACAAAAAAAGUUGAGAAACCACUGGGAUUACUUGCGAACCCAAUAUGUCACUUGGUCCCGUCUCUUAGCAAGAACCGGACAUGGGUAUAACGCGGAGACGAACACAUUUGAUUGGAGCGAAGAGCAAUGGAUUGAAUUAGACAAGACAAUCAAAAACGCUAGUCAAUUCAAGAACAAGGGGCUGGAAGAUGCAGAGAAGUUGCAGAAUUUAUUUGAUGGGAAAUUCUCCACUGGAGCUAAUAGAGAUACGCCUGGAAGAGUGGAACCGCCUUGUUCAGCUGGACCUUCUAUAACUGCAGGGGUUUCAAAUAAUGGAUCUGAAUCUCGUACAAGUCAUGGAAAAGAAAAAAAACAAACAUAUUUUCUGACUCAGACCUUAGUGAGUCAGAUCCAGAUGAGUCAGGUAAUUUCACUCUGAUCCAGACGACUCAGAUCCAGAUGACUCAGAUGAGUCAGCUGCAAACAAACAAGGUGUAUGGAAUUACUGACUUAUGGUUGCUUUGUCUGACAACCACAUAAAAAAGCGGGAUUAAAAGGAAUGAGAUCGGGUUUCAAAGGUGAAUCGGAUUAACUACGGUUAAUAUAGUAUCGCUCAUUCUCUCCUGAAAGUUGUUCGAGU